GAGGGAGGCGAUGGCGGCGAGCUUCUUGAGGGUGGACGGGGAGGUGUCGGCGGCCUCGGCGGGGUCGGGGGCGGAGGCGGCGGAGAGGACGGUGGGGUCGACGGCGGUGGUGGCGGUGGUGGGGGCGAGGCGGAUCGUGGUGGCCAACUGCGGGGACUCGAGGGCGGUACUCUCUCGCGGCGGUGUCGCCGUGCCCCUCUCCUCGGAUCACAAGCCUGACAGACCAGACGAGAUGGAAAGAGUGGAAGCUGCGGGAGGGAGGGUCAUCAACUGGAACGGUUACCGUGUCUUAGGAGUGUUGGCUACUUCUAGAUCUAUCGGUGACUACUACCUCAAACCAUAUGUGACCUCAGAACCAGAGGUCACCGUGACCAAUCGAACAGGAAAAGACGAGUUCCUCAUACUGGCUAGUGAUGGGUUGUGGGAUGUUGUGUCUAAUGAAGUGGCAUGUAGGAUCACAAGACAAUGUCUGAGUGGUCGGACUGCAAGAAUGUUCCCUGAGGCGGUUACCGGGCGUUCUGCUGCUGAGGCUGCUGCUUUGUUGGCCGAGCUUGCAAUCUCUCGGGGUAGCAAAGACAACAUAAGUGCUGUGGUGGUAGACUUGAAAAGAUGGAGAUGGUAGUACCAAUUUAUGCUCUUCACAUCCCUGGUCCCCUGAUUCGUUAGAGUUGGCCGUUGGGGUAUCGGGCAUUUGUGCGCAAGAUGGGGGCAGGACUACAGAAGCAGCAUCAAGCCAUGGUAAAUGCUACGGACAGGUGAAAAAAUCUCUGACGUCAAAUCCCAGGAAAUGUGGGUGCUUGUUUUCCCAAGAAAUGUCAAUCAUGCAGGUGUACUACUUUUCUGAUGAUGUAAGAGAUGUUCCCUCCUUGUUUAUAUUGCAGGCGUUUUUAAUCCC